UCUGACUGGUGCCCUGUUUUCCUUCGCGCGCAACCAAAGUGUUUAUAACAAAUUCUAAGUAGUAACGGCAUUUUAAACCAUUGCUAAACAUAAGCCCAACUUGAUCUCAAGCCCAAUCCGAGGAGUACAUAAGUACAUUAUACAAAGUACAUGUAUCGUGUGAGAAUGUGAGUAUGAUUUUGCAGUUUUUUUUAAAAUAAAAAAAAAAAAAAAAAAAAAAACGCGGGAGUUGAAGAUCUUUUGCGUUCUUCUGACGCCGAGCAAAUAUUCUGGGCAAUUUAUAUUAUUUCCUGCACCAUUUUCAAGCUAAGUUCUUCUCUAUAUAUAUAUGGAUUCUUUUAUAUUUUCUCCUUUAAUUUGCUUUAAUGUUACUAAUUUUUUUUCCAAAUUCCAACUUUCAAAUUUGUUGCAUUCAUUGUGAUCUAUUGAAGCUUCUAGCGAUCCGGAUUGAUGGCUGGAGUGUUCGGGCAAGUUUCGACUUCCUUGGAGACGCCACGUGAGUUUGAAAAUGUUAGCAAUUUGAGUAAUUUGUUUGCUUCCCAAGGUUUUGGUGGUAAUGCCACCAAUGUAUUUGGUGCCUCAUUGUCUCCUUUUGAGACGUCAAGUUUGUUUGGGAGUGGUAGCAAUUUGAAUAAUCUGUUUGCUUCUAAUGCAAUGGGUACUACAAAUUUCCCUAAUGUAUCUACCCAAGGGUCUGGUUUUGGCUAUAACGCCACCAAUGCAUUUGGAGAAGCAUCUUCUUCCUUGGAGACAUCAAGUGUGUUUGGGAGUGGUAGCAAUUCGAGUAAUCUGUUUGCUUCUAAUGCAUUGGGGACUACAAAUUUCCCUAAUGUAUCUACCCAAUGGUCAGCUUAUGGGGGUACUACAACCAAUGUAUUUAGAGAAGCAUCUUCUUCCUUAGGGACGUCAAGUUUGUUUGGAAAUGGUAGCAAUUUGAGUAAUGUGUUCGCUCCAAAUACAACAAAGACUACAAGUUUACCGUCCCAAGGGUUAAUUUUUGGGGGUAGUACAACCAAUGUAUUAGGAUCAACAUCAUCUUCUUUGGGAAUGUCAAGUUUGUUUGGAAAGGAUAGCAAUUCGAAUCAUAUGUUUGCUCCUAAUAUAACCGGAAGUACUGCUUCCCCAAGUUUCAUUAAUCAGGGAUCAUUUAUUGGUGGAAAAUCAACUGGUGUAUUUGGAGUGUCGUCGGCUUCUUCUCCAUCCUUGACAAUUGGACGACAACCAACUGCUUUCUUUGGAUCGUCAUCAACAUUUGGGACCACAAACGUUGGAAAUGAUGGUCCAUUUGGUUCUACUACUUCAAGAGGAGCAUUUGGAGGAAUUGGAGAUACAUCAGCGAGAGCUUGUGGACCACCUGCAAUAGUUGGAUUUACCAGUAAUAAUAGUAGCAAUGCAGCUGCGUUUAUGCCAUUGAGAAAUGCACUAGCUUCACAUGUCACAGGGUCAAAUUUUGGGCAAACAUCAAAUGCACUUGGAAUAAUGCCUGCCAACCCAUUUUCAACUUCCAGUUCUGUGGCUUCCCCAUCAUUACUAGCAGUUCUAAUCAAUGUCAAGUCUCAAGUGUGA